CAAUCGCAUCGCUGCGGACACAGGGAUCUGCGGCUCAUGGACUGUAACCUUGUUCGCACCCACUUCGUCAUUUGCGACCCCCAAGGCAUCUUCCGCAACCACGCAACAGACUAUGGUGGCCACUGUCACCGCACAGAUCUCACUCCCACCUAGUGCCCAUUCUGAACCGCGCUCCGCUCGCGAGGUCAUGACACCGAAGUGGAGCGUCGCGAGAGGAGAUGAGGUUCGCAUCCCCUCCUCCUCGUCCCCCAACCUCCGUUGAUGUGGAAGUGUGGUCGCGUGGUGAAGUGUCUUCUCUCACUUUUCUAACGGUGCGGAAGCUGGAGGCAGAAUGCAGAGAUCAGGUAUGCUCCUGGAUGUGAGAAUCGGUGGAUUGAGAGACAGAGAUAUAGAGCGAGGGGAUUUGUGAGAUGAGAAUGCCGAGUAUAAAGAUGGAAAAGAAGGUUAGCUCGGGGUUUGUGGAAGCGCUGCGGGUAGCGGAGAGAGGAGCGUCGAGGUUUGGGAACAAGGUAGACUUGGCCGGUGUUUUGGAAUGGGCGGAAAAGGAGAUUGAAAGCGGAAGUUUGAAGUUGCUGUGUCAAGAUGCACCCGAGUGUGUAGUUAAGGACAACGAAUACCAGGCGGUGUUUGAUAGAGCUCAAUCUCGGAUGCGUGAUGCAGUGGGUUUGAAUCGGGUGCUUCACGGGCACGUGGUUGGCCAUGCAUUGGUCCGAGCUGCCGAGAGCGGCUGCUCGCAUGUUGUGACGAUCCUUCGGAAAGGGAUGGCGGAGCUCAAGUGCUCCGUGCUCACCCCCAGGUUCCUCAACUUCGCCAUGUUGACGGCCGUCGACUGUGGCCACUACGAGACUGUGAAAGAGCUGUUGCGCACGACCAACUUGUCCAUGUUGGCACUGAUGGGGUACGAGUUGUCCAAAGGAAAAAACGGCGGUUACUCGUAUGUGCACGCUCGCUUAACCAACUCGUGGAUUAAGAAUUUAGCGAAGGUGAAAUCUCUUCUGCCUUCGGCAACUCAUGCCAUGGAUUCCGAGAGAUUGGAGCUCCGGGCAGCGGAAUCGGAGGAGGACAUCGUCCACGGGGCUGUUAGGGCUUGUUAUCAGACCUAUUGUUUGUGGAGGUAUCUGAUCAUUGCCGUUUGCAACGGCCAUGGGGCUGUGAUUCUGGAGCUUCUUAGUAAGCGAGAUGAAUGCAACGCCCGACCCAUUGAAAGCAAGCGGGCUCUUAUGACGGAGGACCAAACUAAAUUCGCACAACUGCAAAUGGUUAGCGAUCAAGUAGGUGAAAAGUUGAUUCAUAUUGCAAUGAAGAUUGCAGGCAAGCUGGGUCGGGAUAUCAUACUGUUUGCACUCUACAACGCCAUGCGGAAGAGCCCCGCGUUGUCUCAUGAGUCAAAGGAUGAGGGCAAGUUCUGGAGGUGCACCAGUCGAUCGCACUUCGGAGUCUGGGAGGUUUUCAUGGAAGUGCCCGUUUUGCUCAUGGAGCUCGAAACCUCAUAUCAGAAUGCAAAGGGGUCAAAGCAGCUCAUGCGACCUUAUCAGUAUAUCAAGCCCAUUAUUCCGCAGAUGAUGAACCUCAACAUCCAGAUGAAGAUUCUAGUUGACAUCCAACCUAACUACAUUGAGAUGACAGUGGGCAUCAAUCACUUGCGUGCAACGGUGGAGAACCAGAUGUGGGAAGAGAAGAAAACUGGCCACUUCCCCACUUUCAUAUCACUGGCGAUCACUCCUGUGACGCCCACCAUGACCUCCGUUAGCAUGACAGCUUCCUCGUCGAACAUGGCAAUGAAAGUUGGAGUUGCCGAGACAGUCCGCGUUUCAGCUCAGGCCAGAUUGAAAGCUGCACCGACAGCCACUGUCGGUAUACAGUUUUCCAAAGGAACCACUUCAAAAAUCGACGGAAAGCCCUGGAGAAUGGAGCAACUCCCUGCGUCUGGAGACCAAGGUGGCCGUUUCAAUUGGCACUUGUCUAGCUGGCACGGACAAGCCUUUGAUCGGUGGAACCCCAUGUUGCAAGAAACGAAGAAGUCGAUAUGGCAGUUUGGAAAACGGAUGCCGAUCAAUCCGUUGGCGGUCUUGCCACUGGGUACAAACGGUGGCGUCCAUUUCACGGGGGCAGAGUAUGACGACACCCUCUCUUGGAGGUUUCCGAAGGAGCUCGAGAAUACAAAUGCGGUUUUCAACGUUGAGGGGGUGGUCCACACUACGUUCAUCACCCAAGACACGUUUUGGGAGACUCGGAUGGUGCCCUUCGAGCUGCAAGUGGAUCAGAAGCUGGAGCCAUGUGGUGAUCCUGCAGGAUUGGAUAAGAAGAAAAAGAAGAAGAAGAAGUAGACGUGUGUCUGUGCACACUUGUCCGAAUUGGAUUUGACGCUCUCCACACGAUGCACUGGAUGUAUGGGGCUGUCUUCCGGAUUAUGGUGCUCUAUUCAUUACUUCGUCCCGUUCUAUAGGGGUCUGUUGCUGAAAGACUUGUGCAUUUGACGAAGGUUAUGUACAACUAGUGCUUCCUAAUCAUUCUUUAGUGUUUGGUAGAACCUUCACAACGAAAGGCAGUGAGGGAGCAAGAUCCUUCUCUCAGUAUCUAGCUUAGUAUUCAAGAUAAAGAAGUGUGCUGUACAAAAUAAGUUUUCAUGAAUCGCAAUGGUUCAUGGAUCGAAACAUUGAUCUGUACCUGAGUACCACUUUUAGAUUCUUGCAUCUAAGGUGAGCGGCAAUUAAUCAAGUGAAUAGUUUACUUGAGUAUACAGGGAAACCCUAGCGAUUUUUUUGUUAACGCCCCAUUUCUGUACCUGUACCUGUAAUUUUUUAUAUUUAUAUUUAUUUUUUUAUAA